CAGGUCCAUUGGCACUUAAAUGUAAUCUUGAAAGUUUGGCAGUAAAUGAUUAUGAAAUUUCAUGUUUUGAUGUUGUCAGUUUAUACCCAGCAGUAAACUUUUAUGCGUCUUAUCCUAUCGGUUUUUAUUCUUUCUUAUUUAAAAAAAUUAUUUAAUUAGGACAUCCUAGUGUUUUGGAUAUUAAUGAAGAAGUUUUAUGGACAAAACCUGAAGACUUGAAAUCUUAUCGUGGGAUAUUCAAAAUUUUUAUAAUUCCGCCGGAAGACUUGUAUUUGCCAGUAAUCCCUGAGCGCAUAAAUGGGAAAUUAGUUUGUUAUUUUUUCCGAAAAUUAACAAUUAUAGCUAGAUUUUUCAUCUAUGUCAUCAAUGUGCGAUUGAGAUGGAACCAGGUGUAGCGAAGCGAACUGAAUGCAAAUAUAGUCGAAGGCAUGCUAAAAAAUGGUGCGCGCACAGCGAUGAGAAGAGGGGUUUUAUUAGCACUACCUGCUCUAUUGAACUUGAACUUGCUCUGGUGAAAGGCUAUCGGGUAACAAAGGCAAGUGGAUGGCCAAGUAGUGUUUUGGCUGCUGAAAAUCCUAAAUUGGAACAAGAACUUAAAAAUGAAUUUAUCGAAAAAAAUCAAAAAGAAUACGGUAUUAAACUUGAGCCUUCACGAAUUGCCAAAAAUGAUGGAAUGAGAUACUUAGCAAAAACAUGCAAUAAUUCAAUGUAA